CAGCAACAGCAACAGCAACAGCAAUGGAAGCAGUAGCAGUAGUGGCAGCGGCAAUGGCGUGAUGCAUGGACUCGGCAAGAAAUUGGGCUUCAAGUAUGGACCACUAUGGCAUUCUUUCGAAAAGAUUCCCUUCGACGUCCCACCCCACAUCCUCUACCCUGAAGCCGCGGCUGCAUUGUUUGGCAACGGACGGGAUCGGAAAGAACAAUACUCGGGGCAUCCACAACGGGACCAACCAUCUCCUGUAUACGUCGUCGAUCCCCCGCAACUUGACGCGGGUGCCAGCAACAACCGACGCUCGCGCGACGACAUUAUCCAGCGGCCAGCGGAUCAACAGAGCAUACACCAGCAGGAACUCGAGGAACAGGACCGCGCUGAAGCUGAAGCUCUGGCCUUGAAACUCCAAUGCCAAACACUCCGCCAAAGCAGCCUGCAAGUCCCCAUGAUCUCUUACUCCCCGGCCUCAUCCUCAUCUUCCUCGUCAAUAUCGUUACCCUCCACCACAUCACCGCCUCAACCUCACCAGCAUCAGCACUACCAUCAUCAAACCUCUUCUCACCACUCCAUCAAUAACAAGGCACCUACAACCCGCAUGGUCACCUCGGAGGAGGUUCUGAACCAGGCCCUAUGCCAGCGGACGGCCACCCGCCUCUUCCUCUCGACUAACGGCUCCCAUUCCCGGAUCGUGAACUUGCAUGGCAAACCCCAAUCACCACUCGUCCUUGACUGGGAGGCCUCCCCACCUCAAAAAGUUGAGUUCCUGAAGGCCCCCCAGGACAUCUAUGUUGUCGGGUUCCAGAAAUCCUCUAUAACGAUCUUCUCACUCACAAGGGCUUGCAAGGUCAAACGUAUCCUCAAGAAGGAUCUUGUCCACGCUGCAGAUGCAUCUUUCUCGACUCUGACAUCAACGUCAACUAAAAUAGCCGCCGCAGCCGGAGGUAACGAAAUCACCAACUCAGGAACCAGGACUUCUCUUGGCGACAUCAGCGGCAACAACGCAUCCGCGGCUUUGGCUAUGACAUCAAUUUUGACUUCGACUUCAACUUUGACAUCAACUUCAGCCUCACCCUCGAACAUCGCUGGCCAAACACCAUCACCGACCUCUUCGUCACUGUCGGCCCUAACAGCAAGCGCGAUAGCUGCUGCUACCGCUGCAGCAAACAGCUCAUCGAUUAAAUUCCUGGGACGUGACAACAUUGCGGUCGACUCGCUCGGUAUCUUUUUCAGCUACCUUCAUCCACGUAACGGUACUUCGAUCUGCAAAUUGGGGAUUGUUCCUCUCCCGCACGAUGAUCUCGAACUCGUCGGCUAUUAUCCAUGACCCCAGCGUUCUACCAUGUUAUGCAUCACUACAUGUAUACUAGUUAAAAUAAAUAACGUCAAACCUAUAGCGAUUACCUUCCAGUUUCAAUCAUAUACAACGCAAAGAUACACGAACGAAUUGAAGCAUGGAGAAAAAGAGGGACAAGAGGCAUUACUAUUGAAACAGCAAUGUGAUGAGGAUGAAUUGUAUAUGGAGAUAUAUAUGUUGCUACAUAUGCGCAAGAAAAGAAACGCAAAAAUGGGGCAGAAAGCAUGAGGUAAGAUUACUUCUCCAAAACAAUAAUAAUAAUAAUAAUAAUAAUAAUAAUAAUAAUAA